GAAGCGAGCCAUACGAAAAGAAGGAUAAAGAGGGACAGCUUAGGCUCAACAUCUCUGUAAAGGGUAGAGUGUUAGGCACUGAAAUAUACAAUCACAAAUCAUAAUCUAAUAUAGAUUAAUUCAGGAGAAAACCUCUAACCAAAGCAAGGGAUAUAUGCCACUUUGACUAACAGUAGAAAAAAAGUGGUGCCAUUGCCCCGUGAAGUACUCUCUUCUUAAACCGUUCCACUUGCUUGCGGUUGUCAAUCACACCCCAUGGUGGCGAAACAAAAGGAAGCCCACUCUCCAGUCUUCCCCCCCUUAACUCCCUCCCUCUCUCUCUCUCUCUCUCUGCAUCACAUUAACAUUGCAUACCUCAAAGACUCUCAAACACACCAUCACCUUCUUUACAGUUCGAAGACAAAAUGAUGCCAACAGUCUCACGCUUCCUUCCCUUCCUUUUCUGCCUUUUCAUCUCCCUCCCCUUAACAAAUGCAAUCCAACUCAUCUUGGUGAAUAACUGCAAUGAGAGCGUUUGGCCUGGGGUCCUUGGUACCGCAGGUCAACCAUCUCCUGGGGACGGCGGCUUUCUUCUCAACAGGGGUGAGGAGGUUGUUAUUGAUGCGCCAGAGAAGUGGUCCGGUAGAAUUUGGGGCAGGCAAGGUUGUUACUUUGAUGCAAACGGCAAAGGCUCUUGUGAGACUGGAGACUGUGCUGGCUUGUUACAUUGCAGGGGCACAGGAGGGGUGCCACCCGCUACGGUGGUUGAGAUGACUCUUGGCACCUCCGCAUCUCCUCUGCAUUUCUAUGAUGUGAGUUUAGUGGAUGGUUUUAAUCUCCCAGUUUCCAUGAUACCCGUUGGUGGUAAUGGUGGUGGUGGUGUUGGGUGCGGCGUCGCAGCUUGUGAGUUGGACUUGAACGUUUGCUGCCCAUCGGCAUUGGAGGUGAAGAAAGGGGGAAAGGUGGUGGGUUGCAAGAGUGCUUGCUUGGCCAUGAAAUCCGCAAAAUAUUGCUGCACAGGGGACUAUGCCAAUCCUAAAACUUGUCAGCCCUCGCUUUUUGCUCAUCUCUUCAAGGCCAUCUGCCCAAGGGCCUAUAGCUACGCCUUCGAUGACUCUUCAAGCCUUCACAAAUGUAGGGCAGCACGUUACGUUAUCACCUUCUGCCCUCCCACUUGAGGGAGUGAUUGAUAAAAUUGCAGUUUUCACUCUACAAACACAGUUGGAUGUAUUAGAGAUUUAAGCAUCUUUUGU